CGAAGGCACGUGCAGAUCACAAAGAUACUGUGUGGUUGUUUAAGCUACUAUUCCUGAUAGCUCUGGGAAACACUCUUGUAUUUAAGGGACGAGCCGUGUAGUCAGACUAAAAACCAAGACCACGGUUUUCAGGCAGCACUCUUGGAAAUAAAGACCAAAGAAGAUCCCUGGGAGAUUCUUCUCAGGUAAAAGCAUGGCGUGUUGGGCCAAGCUGGAGUCCUCCAGCUGGAUUUAUCCCACUGCACUCCUGUCCCUCUAUGGGUUUUUUGCAAACUGCAGGGUAGCAGAGCCCUUCCUCACAGCAUACUUAAUUGGACCAAACAAGAACAUCUCUGAAGAAGUGGUGACCAACUACCUGUUCCCUAUCUGGACAUACUCCUACCUGGCGUUCCUUUUCCCUAUUUUCCUCCUGACUGACUUCCUGAGGUAUAAACCCCUCAUUAUGCUGCAGGGGCUCUUCCUGGUCACCAACUACAUCCUGCUCUGCUUUGCCCCGGGUCUGCCUGCUAUGACCUUCCUUCAGGUCAACUAUGCUGUUGUGACGUCCACAGAGGUGGCCUACUUCUCCUACAUUUACAGCGUGAUUCCGGUUGAGAAUUACCAAAGAGCCACUGGUUACCUGCGGAGUGCCAUGCUGGCUGGAUAUACAUUCGGUGCCAGCCUGGGCCAAAUUCUCAUCUCCUUGGCGGGAGUGGACUACUUCUACAUCAAUGCUAUCACCCUGGGGAUUGUAAGCAUGGCUUUUCUCAUCUCCUUCUGGCUGCCCAUGCCCCAGAGGAGCCUGUUCUUCAAAGGCAGAGAAGCUGCAGCUGGGGGCCUGCAGUCCCAGCAGGGGGGGCCACCGGGACCGAAUGGGCCUGAGGAACCGGUGGUGUAUAAGGACGGAGCUGGCUCGGAGAGAGAGAAGAUGGAGCAUGAUGGCAGCACUGGCUGGUGCAGCGGGGAAAACAUGGCCUCCGCGGGCCAUCUACUUUGGCGAAGCUUCAGGGAGUCGUAUUCUUCCAGGCGUUUAAUCUACUGGUCCCUGUGGUGGGCUCUGGCCACUGCUGGCUAUGUGCAGGUUUUCAACUACAUCCAGUUGUUGUGGGACCAUAUAGAACCAUCUGCCACAUCGUCCAUCUACAACGGAGGUGUAGAGGCUGCGUGCUCUCUUGUGGGUGCUGCGGCAGCCUUCUCAGUGGGCCACCUCAAGGUGACCUGGACCGUGUGGGGAGAGCUGGCACUGGGGUUGUUCUCAGCUGUAGCCACAGGUGCCGUCUUUCUCAUGGCAUUCACCAGCAGUAUCUGGGCGUGCUAUGGCGGUUAUGUCAUAUUCAAGUCCUGCUACAUGUUUCUCAUCACCAUCACAACGUUUCAGAUCGCGGCCAACCUCUCCAUGCAGUGCUAUGCUCUGACAUUUGGGAUCAACACGUUUGUGGCCCUUCUGCUGCAGACCAUUUUAACCUUCAUAGUCGUGGAUGAAGCUGUACUGGGACUGGACAUUGUGACGCAGUUCAUCGUCUAUGGAAGCUACUAUGCUGUCAUCUCGGUGCUGUUUCUGAUCCGAGGGAGCUACACUGCCUGCACAUUUCAACGUAAUCCAGAGCCCACAGAUACCAACGAAGAGCCAAGGGUGGAGGUGAUCUCUGCUGAACACUUCUGAGCAAGGUCAACAAACUGUUAUAGUCUUGUUCUCUUCCAUUUGGUCCUGGGGAAUAAGAUGAUUAUGAAUCAUUCAACAGCAUUACCCUUUUGUCUAAUGAGUGUAAAAAUCAGCAUCAUAUUGCCUCCAAAAUAGAGCUGAAAGAUUCAGCCAUGACCUUUAAGUUAAGCUGCUGACAAACCCAUGUGUGUUUUCUACAAUAUCUCUACAAGAAUCUAUUGCGGAAGCUCAACAACAGCUGCAAUGACUGCUGAUUAGUGAGGUAUAUU